AGAGAUGCGUGAGAGUACAGCGACGUGACAGGAUGACAAAGGACGGUUGAGGCGCGCGAGCGCCGCCACCACAAACCUAACACACACAUCAUGUCGUUCUUCAACAACCUGAGAAAGGUGCUGCACCUUGGCAGCGGUCACGAUGCGAAAAAGAAAAAAGUCUUCAACAACAUCCGCGACAACUGCGACCCCAAAGAGAAUUGGGACAUGAUAGGGGAGCUCGGAGAUGGCGCGUUUGGAAAGGUGUACAAAGCUCAGCACAAAGUUACCGGGCAGCUGGCGGCCGCAAAAAUGUGCGUCCUGGACAACGAAGACGACCUGGCGGACUUCACGGUCGAGAUAGACAUUCUAUCGGAGUGCAGGCACCCCAACGUCGUCGAGUUGCACGAAGCCUAUUUCAUUGAUAAUAAAUUAUGGAUGCUGCUGGAAUAUUGCGAUGGUGGCGCUUUGGACUCAGUAAUGGCGGAGUUAGAGAAAGGCCUAAAUGAGCAACAGAUCGCCUACGUCUGUAGAGAGAUGUGCCGAGGACUGCAGUUCCUACACUCGCAACGUGUCAUACAUCGGGACUUGAAAGCUGGCAACGUUCUUGCUACUAUGACGGGUGGUGUUAAACUUGCGGACUUCGGCGUCUCUGCAAAGAACAAGUCAACACUGCAGAAGCACGACACCUUCAUCGGCACGCCUUACUGGAUGGCACCCGAAGUAGUGCUCUGUGAGACUUUCAGGGACCACCCUUAUGAUUUCAAGGUGGACAUCUGGUCAUUAGGAAUAACCCUAAUAGAGUUUGCGCAAAUGGAGCCCCCUAACCACGAGAUGACUCCUAUGAGGGUGCUAUUAAAGAUCCAGAAGAGCGACCCGCCCACACUGGAGCAGCCGGCGAGGUGGAGCAAAACAUUCAAUGAUUUCAUCGCAAAGGCACUUGUUAAGGAUCCAGAAAAAAGGCCAACAUCCUCCGAGCUGCUGAAACACGACUUCGUGUGCGGCAAUCUUGACUCCAAACCACUCCGAGAUCUACUACUCGAGUAUCGAGCUGAGGUCGUUGAGGAGGAAUUGUUGGAUGAUGAUUCUGAGGAGCACCGCAGCUCACAGCUGCCGAUGGAGCUGGAAGAUGACUCCACCUCCGUGCGAUCCGCCGAUACGCCCGACCUCAAAAUGUCGGAGGCGGAACCCACCCCCGGCACUACCCCGGUGGCGGCCAACACCGCUUCGCCCCCGUCGCCAGCCGCCGGUGCGCCAGCUCCGUCGAAGCUGCCGGCACCCGUGCCGCCCGCCGCCGCCGCCACUGCUGCUGCCGCUGCCACUGCCGCCAAGCGCCCGCUCGACGACGACCACCCCGCGGCUGACAGGAAGCAUCCCGCGCCAAAGAAGGAGAAAGGACCGGCGCCCCCUCCGCCGUCGGCUGCGUCGCCCCCCUCGUCCCCUUCCCGGCCCUUGCCCCUGCGCAAGCACCCCGCGCCCCCGCCGCCCGCGCUGCCGCCCUCGCCCGCCGCUCACUCCGCUGGGAAACAGAUUGUCGACCAAGUAUGCAGAGAAGCAGAAAAAGUGGUCGAAGAAAAACGCGAUUCAGCGAAAGAACAAGACAAACCAAAGCCACAAAAACACACACCGAAUAAGGACACCGAAAUCACAAACUCCACAGACAAAUUAGAAAAACUCUCGAGAUCCAGCUCGGAAAACACGGUAGAAAUCACAUUGUCUAACAGUCAAAACUCAAUGGAUCACAAAAGUGAAACCACAACGGAAAUCACUAGAGUACCCGUUGACAAGGCCACGGAAAUUACAAGAGUAUCAGCCGAAAAGGCCACGGAAAUCAGAGUAUCAUCGGAAAAGGGCAUGGAAAUCAUAAAAGCGCCUUCCGUCGAAACAAUAGUGAGUAGAUCAAGUACAGAAGAGGAUAGAACGUGUAUUGAAGUCACUAACUUGGAUGUCAAGAGGUUUUCGAGAACGAGUUCAUUGGACAGCGAUGAGAAGAAGAAUGCUGUGGAAAUCAGACCUAUUUCUCCCCAAUCCAAAGAAGACCGCUACUACAAGCCCCCUGCGCCUUCACCCCCUCCGGCGCCGUCUCCAACGUUGGUCUCCGUACAACCAGUAGUGGUUGUAGUUGAACCCGUUGAGCCCAACUCUCUGGCCUCCAACGCGCAUCACGUCACUGUCACCACUACACAUCCACCAGUUUUGGGUACUGCUGCGCAGCUUCCUCCGAACGCAGUGACGAUAUCAACAACUCCACCCAUUGCUGAUGAAGUGGUUAUAGUGGGAGCUGGCUCUUCCUCAGACGAUGAUUGCUUUGCACCUUCCUCGUUGGAUUCUUUGGACUGCAACAAUUCUUACAGCGAGAAACGCGGCCGUCGCCUGGACAGCAGCGAGGUACUGAUAUUGAGCCCCGGCGCGACAGGCGACUCCGGUGUAUUCGACGACAGCGUUAACAACGGGCUCAAUUUGGACACGUCUCACGUGUCCGUGGUGACCGUGGGCACGGAGGAAGUGCGCGUGCGCGACUCGGCCGCCACGCACAUCGCGCUCGGCACGCCUGGCGCCACUCGGCUCAGCCCCGACAGCUUCGAAAGGCGUUCGCAGUCGGACAGCGGGUCCGUGGCGUCCGAGAGUUCCCGGCGGGCGCACGACGCGGACUCGCUGGCCACCACGGCGUCUCACGAGUCAGGGCACCACGAACCGCAUCUCAACGGCGGCACGAGGGUGAACACGGAGACUCCGCUUAUCGAAAACGGUGAACCGGUGGUGCUGAGGCGGAAACCUCUGGAGCAACCAGUUAAUAGGAUACAAAGAUCAAAGGAGGACAUCCACCUGGCAAAUUUGAAGAAGAAAACGCGUAAGCGCACGCGCAAGUUCGAGAUAGAUGGCGUCACUAUCACCACUACGACGUCCAAGGUGAUAUGGGGCGACGAAGAAAGCGGUCGCACCUGGGACGAUCAUGCACUACGCAAGCAGGAGUUGCGAGAGAUCAAAAUGCUGCAGAAGCAGGAGCAGAAGCAGUUCCAGGACCUCAACGCCAGAGAGGUGCAGCUCAAGGAACAGCAGGAAAAGAGAUUCGAAGCCGAACUAGCGUCCUUAACCCGAGCUCACGAAGCGGACUUGGAGACUCUGGCUCGAGCCCAACGGGCCUCUGCCGAACGGGCCGUACAGCAACUCGAAAACGAACUUCGGGCCGCCACAAAACGACUUCGGGCCGAGCACGAAAAAGCUUUACGGGAUUUCAGGGACAUAUUGAAACAGGAGUUGCGGUUACUGAAACAGGAGGUGGAGCUGGUGUCGAAGGAGCGGCGCAAGGAGGCGUACCGGUCGCGGCGCGCGCGCCUGGACGCCGAGCACGGCGAGCGCGAGCGCGCCUUCGUGGCCGGCCUGGCCGAGGCGGAGGAGACGCUGCUGCGCCGCAUCCACGACAACCACCGCGAGCGCCAGGCGCUGGCCGACCGCCAGUACCUGCAGCAGCGCCAGAAAAACGCGCGCAAAGAAGAGGAGCUCGCGAAGCAACAAGCGAUAGGGAAGCGGUCGUUGCCGAAACGGAUACGAGCGGAGCAGAAAGCCAGGGAGAUGAUGUUCAGGGAGUCGCUGAGAAUCAGCGCACCGCCUACCCAUGAAGAGGAGAGGGAAAGGCUAAAGAAGUUCCAAGAGAACGAGAAACGACGAUACAAAGCGGAGCAACAACGGCUCGCCACCAAACACGCGAAGGCUCGUGAGGAGCUUAAAGCUGCAGGAGAGGCGUUGCUUCGCGAACUGGAGCAGUACCAGAACGAGAAACGCAAGGCGCUCCAGAACCACGAGAUGGCUAAAACCAAAGCUAUAGAAGAGCGCUGCAGUAUGGAGAUCAAAGAGUGGAGGGCAACCCUCGGAGACAGGAAGAUGCACCUGAUACAGCAGUUCGAAACGCAAUUAAACGACCACGAGAAGAAAUUCGGACUACCAAUUCUCGACCGUAGCGUUUACCUAGACGCGCCAUGGCCCAAGAACAUCUUACAACAUGUCUUGUCCGCCUACCAUCAAAGAAAUUCGUUCAUGGGGUCAUUGUCCCGGUCAAGAACCAGCCUUAAUCUAUUAACCACUUCUAAGACGCCAGACAUGGAACGUCGUAGAAGUAUAAGUCCUUCGAACAGAGCGAAUUCUGCCUUGUCAAAUAGAUCAUCAAAAAGAGGGAAACUGACCAAAGGAUCCCGAUACGCUUCAACGUCUAACUUGAAACAGGUUUCGGAUAAGAUUUCCGGCUUUUCAGUCUUCAGUGGUUCGGACGAAAUGCGACGAGAACCAAUCAUGGCUUAUGGCAACGAUAUUCCGACGGAAUUGCGUCGGAAUGCUAAGAACAUUGAAGAGGAACCGAGAAAAAACCUAGACCGAUCCAAACGUAUACAAAAAGAGGUCAAUGACAAACGUCUAAACAGACAAAGCAUGUCAGCGCAGUUGCUUAAAACUACUGAAAAUAUUCCACCUAUGAAACGAAGUAUUUCGCAACAAAGUUUAAAGCAAGACGUUGCCUUAGAAGCGGUAAUGAUCGAUCUACCGUCUAUAGAAGGGAACAAGUAUGAUACUAUGAAAAGUACAAGUACGUUCGCGACAACAAGUUCGCAAGACUCUGACAUCGAUAUUGACGGCAUAAUGUCCCAACACUUCAGCAGAUGGGGUCCUAUACGCGGGUCGAAUAGUUACUCGGGCUCAAAUGACAUUCCAGUCAGCCAAUUGUCGACAUUAAACAUAAGGAAGUCCAUUAUGUCGAAUAAAUCUAAUAACAAUGAGGAUUCUGUGGUGUAAAACUUUUAAAAAUGCAGAACUUUUCUUUUAACUUUUAAUACUGUGUUGGUUUUGUUACGUACAUUCACUAAUGCGUAUUUUAAAAUUGCGCUCCGAGUCGACACUAAAAAUUAUGUUGUCAGAAUGUCGGUCAGGUAAACAGACUUCCAAUUCUUUAAAAGAAACGUUUUUAAUACAAUUUGCGGAAAUAAGGGAGUUAAUUUGUCUAAAGUAUGAAGGUUUUCUUAGUAUGGACAUGCCCAUUUCGUCAUUAACACAUAUAGAAUUUAUUUUUUUUACUGUUAUUUUCUAAACAUUUCAAAAAGUAGGUUGACUCAUGUUUAUUUUUUAAAUGGCUAAAGUAUUUUUAAGUACGUAAGUACCUUAUAAUACAACUACGAUAUCGACUGUCAACUGGCAACAAUGCCAAGUAAGUGCUUAAUACGAAAAUAUAAUAAUGAAUAAUAUCAAUUUGUCGCCAAUAUAGGUAUAGUUGAAGAAAUAUUAUUUGCACCGAUGAAUGUUUUCGCUUGGAACUGCUGAUUCUUUCUAUUACAAAUCAUCAAGUUCAGAGUAAAGUGCCAAUGCGUACAAGUGUUUAGACUAGUUGUUUGCAGUAUACAGAUGGCACGUACGUCAUCGAGACGGCUCACUCUUUUGUCCUAUUGUACUAUAAAGAUCAAAGGAUAAGAUGAAUCGGUGCAAAUAAU